CUGAACUAGAUACAAAAUUCAAAUUUGCAAGUCCAAAAUCUAAAUUGCGAAUGGUGACAGAAAAUACACGUCGAGCACCACCAGCACCAGGCACAGUUUCUAGAAAGAGAGCAAACAUUAACCAAAACAGGCAAUAAUUUUCUAACAAGGAAACGGGAAAUUCAUUUACAACUUUAAAACGCCUAAAAAGUGCUUCAAAAAUGGCUACAAUGUUUACCGGAGGAUUGAGUAUGGCCGCCGUGAUUCCUCGUCAUCGUUCUAGAAAUCCUAGGAUUUCUCUUCAAGCGUCUCGCGGCGGAGACUCAGUGGAUUGGGUGGAAGCCACCUCUAAUUUCUUCGACAAGGAUCCUCGCCCCAUAAUGCUCUUCGAUGGUGUUUGCAACCUGUGUAAUGGUGGUGUGAAGUUUGUUCGUGACAACGACCGCAAUAGGAAAAUCAGAUAUGAAGCCCUCCAAAGUGAAGCAGGCAAGAAACUAUUAAGGAGAUCAGGAAGAGCUCCUGAUGAUAUUUCAAGUGUUGUACUGGUUGAAAAAGACAGAUCUUACAUUAAGUCUGAAGCUGUUUUGAAGAUAAUGGAAUACAUAGAUUUGCCAUUCCCUCAGAUGGCAUUUUUCAUUAAAUUUGUACCCCUGUUCAUUCGUGAUUUUGCUUAUGACAAUGUGGCAAACAACCGUUACACCAUUUUUGGUAAGUCAGAGUCGUGUGAGAUAUAUGUGGAUUAGUGAAAUUUACGACAUUUUUUUCUUGAAUAUAUUGGUAUAUCAUACGACAUAUUCAAUAUAGUACAAGAACAUGCUAAAAAUAUGUAUAUAGUGUAUAUACUGUCUGCAUUCUGCUUUAGGAAUGAGGUAUCAUUAUACGAAACUUGUAGCUGCUCCUUGCUUAGCUCCCUGACUGAAUCGAACUUUUAAUGCUUAUUAAGGAAGGAUAUUUCAAAUUUUUUGUAUAUUAUAUACACUAAUAGAGGUCUUUACAGCA